CCGUGCUGCCGCCGCGCACGCACGCGCAUGUCGCUCGUUGUCGCCUGUGAUGUGAGGUGGCCCCCGCCGCUACCGCAGCGCCGCGCGACCCCGCGCCAGUUUUGUGAAGCAGCGGCCAAGCGAAGGCUCCGGCCUUCUGCGGCAAGACGCCGUCCACCGUGGACCUGAGGUACGGCGCCAUGGCGGCGACCACGUACAUGCCGGGCGGCGAGCUCGACCUGCUGGCGGGCGGCUACCACGCCGCGUCGCCGCGCAGCGCCGAGCCGGCCGACAUGAAGUACGCGCACCACCUGCACGGCGGCAGCCCCUCGCCCGGCGCGCCCGUGGGGCUCAACCCCUGGGCCUCGCUGCCGCCCGCCGACCCCUGGGCCGUGCACCAGCACCACCACCACGCGCACCAGCCCGACGUGAAGCCGCCGCCCGCGCCGCACGACCACCGCCACCUGCAGCACGGCUGGCACGCGCCCGUGGGCUACGGCGCGGGCUCGCCCGUGCUGCACGGCGGCUACGUGCCCGUGCACCACCAGCACCUCAUGCGCGACGUGCCGCCCAGCCCGCACCUGCACCCGCACCACGCGCUGGAGCGCGACGGGCCCGAGGAGGACACGCCCACGAGCGACGACCUGGAGGCCUUCGCCAAGCAGUUCAAGCAGCGCCGCAUCAAGCUGGGUUUCACGCAGGCCGACGUGGGGCUGGCGCUGGGCACGCUGUACGGCAACGUGUUCUCGCAGACCACCAUAUGCCGCUUCGAGGCGCUGCAGCUCAGCUUCAAGAACAUGUGCAAGCUCAAGCCGCUGCUGCAGAAGUGGCUGGAGGAGGCCGACUCCACCACGGGCAGCCCCACCAGCAUCGACAAGAUCGCGGCGCAGGGCCGCAAGCGCAAGAAGCGCACGUCCAUCGAGGUGUCGGUGAAGGGCGCGCUGGAGCAGCACUUCCACAAGCAGCCCAAGCCGUCGGCGCAGGAGAUCACGUCGCUGGCCGACUCGCUGCAGCUGGAGAAGGAGGUGGUGCGCGUGUGGUUCUGCAACCGGCGCCAGAAGGAGAAGCGCAUGACGCCGCCCAACACGCUGGGCGGCGACGGCAUGCUGGACGGCAUGCACGGCCACUACGCGCACGACAUGCACGGCUCGCCGCCGCUGCACGCGCACUCGCCGGCGCUGUCGCCGCCGCACCCCGCGCACGCGCCGCACCCGCAGCACGCGCCGCACGCGCAGCACGCACAGCACCUGCAGGGCGCGCACACGCUGGCGGCGCACUAACAGUUCGCCCCGUGGGCGCCGCCGCGGCCGUACUACGCGGAGCCGCACUAGCCGCCCGCGGGUGUUCCAGUGAGUGACUGUAGUGAGUGCCGAGCCGGUAAGUAGCCGCGCCGAGCGAGGACGAGCGAAUUUAUGCUAGACGUACGGACUGAGUGCCUGCCGUGGCCAGUGAGGAUGCGAUCGAGAUAGGUGCAAUUCUUAUGUUAAGUGCUAGACGAAGCGAGCGGCGCCACGCGACGCGCCGCGCCCGACGCGACGGUCGCGCGCCUCCGAGCCCGCUCCGGUAAUUUAUUGAAAAUUAAGCAGAUACGAUGCCAAAAUGGUUUUAUUCCUGUUUUUAAUAAUUGUUUUGUUGUUUUUUUUCGUUUAUAUGUAAUUGUGGCCAAUUUCGGUACUUAAUUCUAAUAUAAAUAGGUAUUUUUUUAUAUAAACUAAUGUUACUGCUACGUCUAUGACGAUAUGCAUAUACUGCAUAUAUAAAAGUGUUCUUUAUAUGGAAUCCGAGACGGUUAUGAGAUGGCGCCGUCAGUGCUAGUGUAGUCAGUGCUCGGACGGCAGGCGUGUCGCGUCGCGUCGCGCCGUGUCGCGCAGUGUCGUGCGCGGCGCGGCGCGUCUCGCGCGGCGCAGGGCGAUCGCCCGAUUCGAACCAAACCCAAUGUUGUAAAUGUAAUUAUUUCGUUAUUCUCAACGAAGUUGACGAGUUGAUAUGUAUAUAACUGUAUAAACUAUAAUAGGUGAUAAGGAACAGACGGCAGUGGUAGUGCGAGCCUCUCGUAGGUAAAUAAUGAAUAAUUAGUCUUAAAAUGUUUUAUAUUAUUAUCUAAGUAUUUAAAUAAACCAGAGUAAAUAUUUUA